CGACGAUUAAUAUGAAAAAGUUGAAGCAUAUAUGUAAACGCAGUGUCCGGAGAAUUACAAGUCUUCUUUCCUAAAGUUAGCAAUUCGACUUUGUGAACUUACCAAGACUACUGCCAUUCAUCAAAACAGCAAAAAGCGCAUAGAACAGUUCGCCAACAUGCAAUUCUCAACUCUUCUCGCAGCUGCGCCCCUUCUACUCGCGGUCUUCUCAAUUCCUGCAACAGCUGAGAUUGAAAUUCGCCAAUCUUCAACAACACCCAUCAACACAACCGAUCUCCUGAUCGGCGCCUGCUUGUCCAUGGGCACGUGUUACUAUGGCGGCAACCAAAUUGGCUGCCUCACUCACGGCUGCGCAAAUGAGACCUACCUCGGCGGCAUUUGCUCUUGCAACGCAGACGUUCAAUCCGCAAUCGACAUCCAAGCGGCUAAAGGACAAAAGCAAUGGCCAGUGAAGUGCCCUUACUAGAGGGAGAUUUCAAAUGGGAAGGAUGAGGAGACGUUAAUGAGAUAUGAUACCUGGACAAAGCGGAGAGGUAAUAUGAGACUCUGGGGAAUGAGAUAAUAUGCAAGAAUUCUGUACAUACUCAGCAAAUAAUCUUUCAUUCCCAAUGCACGCCG